GAAAGAGCCAAAGCACAGCCGCCUCGAGUACACAGUCGUUGCCAAGAUGAACUCCAAGCAGAUCGCCGCUGUCCUGCUUUGUGCCCUUUUCGUGACCUCAAGUGCGCCUCCCAGCUAUGCUGUCGCAUUCGUGACCCGCGUGUAGGGUACCUCUUUGCAGAGAACUCUAGCAAAAGCUCAGCCGUUCGAGAUGUGCUUGCUAAAAAGUAUAGGAACAAGAUUAGCCAGAGCUGGGGGUGGUGCCUUCGCGGUGCCACCUACGAGAUGCCAGAUAGCGCUCCAUCGCACCAGCGAACUGUGUGCCUCAAGUUGUCUGGAUGGUGCGUGUAAUAUAUGGUCUGCUGAAUCGUUAUUUCUUGCAGGCAUAUACACGUCGAGCGCCAUCAACUGCAACAGCCCGUCAAACUGCUAUCUUUGCAGCUACUGCAACCGCCGCAACGAGUGCCCCAACGGAGACGGUACCCAGCAAGGGAGGGAUGCGUGCUCAUGUUCCUACCAGUGUGACAGAGGGUGCAACAUGUGCCCCGGCCGCGGCAGGCGCUCGCUCAUGGGAAAGGGCUCCGACGACUGGGCUGACCUGACCCCGGACAUGAUCUUCUGAGCCCCUGUGCUAAAUACCUUUAACUACCUGCUACUACCUGCUGGAGCUGCAAGGUGCACGAGUCUUUUUGAGCACCUCUGUUAACGCCUGUCCCAUGCGAGAACACCUUUUAAGUACCGGUUGAGAUUGGGGACUUGCAUGAGUGCGUUGGGCGGUGAUUCUGGGCGGACAACUGAGUUCUGUGAUGGUAUGUUGAGUGGGCAAGACACUGAGUCCACUGCAAAGGUUGUUGGAACAGAUAUCGAAAUCGGUUGCUGCUAGGGGGUGAAAUGAACACAACUGGCAGGUCGGCCAUAUAUUGCAUGGCAGUGUGUGCUUAAAAUGCGUUGGAGCAGCACUGUCAGUCUUGGGGGAGUUUUGAACAAUAAUGCCUUGUUUGGCUGCCCUGAAAUUACACUGUGACAGUUGGGGGUGAUGCAAGCCUUACAAAAAAUGCUUCCAUUGUAAUGCUUGAUUGCUGCUUA